CUGGCUAGGGAAUGUGCGUCGCCUGUCAUUAACGGUCCCUGAUGGCUGUGUUGUAGUUUCCGUGGCGAUGUGAUCUACACGGGUAGUGGGAGUUUAGGCAGGACUCAGGGAAACGCAGGAAACCAAAAAUGGACUCAGUGGCCUUUGAGGAUGUGGCUGUGACCUUCACCCUGGAGGAGUGGGCUCUGCUGGACCCUUCACAGAAGAAACUCUACAGAGAUGUGAUGCGGGAAACCUUCAGGAACCUGGACUCACUAGGGAAAAAGUGGGACGAUCAUGACAUUGAAGACCAAUACAAAAACCAGGGGAGAACACGAAGAUGUCAUACGGUAGAGAGAUUCUGCGAAGGGAAAGAGAGUAGUCAAUGUGGAGAAAGUAUCAGCCUUAUUCAAAAUCUCAAUCUGAAAAACAAAACUCUUCCUGGAGUAAAACCAUGGGAACACAGUGUGUGUGGAAAAGUCUUCACACUUGAAUCAUCACUUAAUAGGGACAUCAAAUGUCACACUGUACACAAGCCCUCUGAGUAUCAGAAAUAUGGAGAGAAGCCAUAUAAAUGUAACAUAUGUGGGAGAGUCUUCACUUAUAUUCAGUUUUCUGAAACACAUGAAAGAAAUCCCAAUGGAGAUAAAUCGUAUAAAUGUGAGGAAUGUGGGAAAGCCUUUAUGUGCCUCAAAAGCCCUCAAAGAGACAUGAGCACACAUACUGUAGAUGCUCCUUAUAAAUGUAAGGUAUGUGGGAAAACCUUUACUUCUUCAACUUCACUUCAAAUAUGUGAAAGAACCCACACAGGAGAGAAGCCCUAUCAAUGUAAACUCUGUGGAAAAGCUUUCCGAUAUUAUAAAAGUUUUCAAAGACAUGAAAGAAAUCACCCUGGAGAGAAACCCUAUGAAUGUAAAAAAUGUAAUAAAGCCUUCAGAUAUCCCAGUCAUCUUCAAAUACAUGAAAGAACUCACACUGAAGAGAAACCCUAUGAAUGUAAGGAAUGUGGAAAGUCCUUCAGAUCAUACAGUUCUUUACAACCACAUGAAAUGACUCAUACAGGAGAGAAACCCUAUGAAUGUAAGGAAUGUGGUAAAGCCUUCAGAUAUUACAGUUCCUUACAAAUACAUGAAAGGUCUCACACUGGAGAGAAGCCCUAUGAGUGUAAAAAAUGUAAUAAAGCAUUCAGUGCUCCCAGUUGUCUUCGAAAACAUGAAAGAAUUCACACUGCAGACAAACCCUAUGAAUGUAAGGAAUGUGGGAAAGCUUUCAGAUUUUACAGUUCCUUACAAACACAUGAAAGGACACACACAGGAGAGAAACCCUAUGAAUGUAAGCAAUGUGGAAAAGCCUUGAGAUAUUAUAGUUCCUUACAAAUACAUGAAAGGAUACACACAGGAGAGAAACCGUAUGAAUGUAAGGAAUGUGGAAAUGCAUUCAGAUGUAACAGUUUCUUAAAAAUACAUAAAAAAUCUCACACUGGAGAGAAACCCUAUGAAUGUGAAAAAUGUAGUAAAGUAUUCAGUACUCCUAGUAACCUGCGAAUACAUGAAAGAACUCAUACUGCAGAGAAACCCUACAAAUGUAAGGAGUGUGGAAAAGCCUUUAGAUAUUAUCGUUCCUUACAAACACACGAGAGGACUCACACAGGAGAGAAACCCUAUGAAUGUAAACAUUGUGGUAAAGCCUUCAUUUGUCGCACCACCAUUCAAAGACACAUGAAAAUGCAUACUGGAAACACACCUUAUCAAUGUCAGGAAUGUGGGAAAGCAUUCACCUGCCUUAGUUUGUAUCAAAGACAUGAGAGGACUCACACUGGAGAGAAACCCUAUGACUGUAAACAAUGUGGUAAAGCCUACAGAGAUCACAGUUCCUUACAAAGACACGAAAGGACUCACACUGGAGAAAAACCCUAUGAAUGUAAGGAAUGUGGAAAAGCCUUCGUUUGUAACAAAAUUUUUCGAAUACACAUGAUGAGAGUGCACACUACAGAAAAACCAUAUAAAUGUGAAGAAUGUGGGAAAGCCUUCAGUCAUCCCUAUUCUUUUCGAAGGCAUGAAAGGACUCACUGGAUAAAAACUCAUGAAUGUAAAUAGUGUGCAAAGACUUCAGUUGGCUCACAUCCUUACAUGUGAAGACUCCCACAGAAAACUAAGAAUGUAUAUAAUACGAGAAAGAUUGACAUAAGUUAAUGUAGUUACAAUGUUCUAGAAAACUUUCAAGAUUAAAGGUUGUUAUUAAAAUUGUAAGUUAAUUGUGUUUACCAGGUUUCUUUCUUUAAGUGCAUCAUUGGACAUGGAGUUUUUACCACAAUAGACCCUUGAAAAAUGCAGGGGUUAGAGGUACCUACUGCCCACACAGUCGAAAAUUUGUGUAUAACUUAAGCCAGUCCUCUGCGUAAAUGAAUACCAAGCUGAAGAUCAAAAAUACAGUUUGACCCUUGGACAGUACAAGUUUGAAACUGCACUGGUCCAUGUUUUAAAUUCCAUGGAAAAGUGGACCUGUGCAUUUCAAACUCUUUGUGUUCAACAUUAAUUAUAAUUAAUUUUAGAAAUAAAUUAUUGAGGUGAAAUAAUCCUGCAAGUUGUCUUUCAACAAUGGCAUAACAUAAAUAGGUAGUGAUUUUUCAUUAAAUCAGUUACUAAUAUUG